GCUGUCAGUGCUUUGCGCUGGAUGCUGCGCGGCGUCUGCGUGCGUUUGCGGUGCGCGAGCGGCUGCGCAAAUGAGGAGAAAGCACGGGGCAGCGCGAGCGGGUGCUGCUGGCUCUCACCCUGUUCUUUUUCCCUCCACCCUGCCUCCCCCGGCCGCUUCGCACCGCAGACCAUUUUAAACUCCAUGCAUAAGUACCAGCCCCGCUUCCACAUCGUCCGAGCGAACGAUAUUCUCAAGCUUCCCUACAGCACGUUCCGGACCUACGUGUUCCCGGAGACUGAAUUCAUCGCAGUGACCGCAUACCAGAAUGAUAAGAUCACUCAAUUAAAAAUUGACAACAACCCCUUUGCCAAAGGUUUUCGCGACACUGGGAAUGGAAGGAGGGAAAAAAGGAAGCAGCUGACCCUGCAGUCCAUGCGGGUGUACGACGAGAGGCAGAAAAAAGAAAAUCCCACUUCAGACGAAUCGUCUAACGAACAGACAGCCUUCAAGUGCUUCGCGCAGUCCUCCUGCCCCGCCGUGCCUGCCGUCGGCACCUCCAGCCUCAAAGAUCUCUGUCCCAGCGAGGGUGACAGCGAUGCCGACAGCAAAGACGACCCUUUGCUAGAAGCCAGCGAGUCGGGCAAAAUCAGCACGACCACGGCCACCACCCCCGCGCCGGCCAGCUCCGGUGCGGCUGCGAGUGACGACCCCCGGGAAAAGGGGGGCAGCCCCUCCAAAAGUCACUUCUUCCCCAGCGACUCGGCGACGAGCCGGAGCCGGGAGAGGACGGAGAAAGCCCCCCCAGACUCCCGACACAGCCCGGCCACCAUCUCCUCCAGCAGCCGAGGGGGAGGCUUGAGCGGCGAGGAACUGAAAAGCCCCCUCCGGGACGGCCCUAAAGUAGACGAGAACCGGCUGCUGGGGAAAGAGCCCUUCGCCCCCCUCACGGUCCAGACCGACAGCACGGCGCACCUGAGCCAGGGACAUUUGCAGAACCUGGGGUUCCCACCCGCUCUGGCCGGCCAGCAGUUCUUCAACCCGCUGGGGAACGGGCAUCCGCUGCUGCUGCACCCCGGGCAGUUCGCUAUGGGGGGGGCUUUCUCCGGCAUGGCCGCGGGCAUGGGGCCGCUGCUCGCCACAGUGUCGGGGGCUUCCGCCGGCGGCUCGGGACUGGACAGCACGGUGAUGGCCACGGCGGCCGCCCAGGGACUCUCGGGAGCAUCCACGGCCGCUCUGCCCUUCCACCUGCAGCAGCACGUCCUGGCCUCUCAGGGCUUGGCCAUGUCUCCCUUCGGCAGCCUCUUCCCCUACCCCUACACCUACAUGGCGGCGGCGGCGGCAGCUUCCAGCGCGGCCUCCAGUUCUGUGCACCGGCAUCCCUUCCUCAACGCCGUGCGGCCCCGGCUCCGCUACAGCCCCUACCCGUUGCCCGUGCCCCUGCCCGACGGCAGCAGCCUCCUCACCACCGCGCUGCCCGGGGCUCUGGCCGCGCCCUCCGGAGAGACCAAAGGCAGCGCUCUGGCCUCCAGCCCCGGCGCCGUGCCUCUGGACUCCGCCUCGGACCUCACCAGCCGCUCGUCCACGCUCUCCUCCGGCUCCGUAUCCCUGUCCCCAAAGCUGGGAGCCGACAAGGAGGCGGCCACCAGCGAACUGCAGAAUAUCCAGCGCCUGGUCAGCGGCCUCGACCCCAAGCAGGACAGAUCCCGCAGCGGCUCCCCGUAGCCGCCAGCUCAUUUCAAACCAGUCUCGCAAUGCACUUUGUUUGAAAGAAACCACAUCCUCCAUCCCACCGAGCCUUUCAGCCCCCCCUCCUAUCCUCCCCUCUUCCC